AUGACGCGUUCCCAAAGGAUAAAGAGUAAGCUUCCAUUUCCCUAUCUAUUCCUCACUUGCGUGCGUACUAACCUAACACACUUACAUCGAUCCGACAGUGACCUCUCUCAAAGCGCUCACUCUCCACUCCGGUCAAUCGACCAACUACCGUCGCACCUCCCCCGUACCUCAACUCACCUGCCUAGGGAAGGAAUGUCGUCGGUACGAACCGGACGUCGUACAAUGUACCGCCGUAGGCGAGGAUGGUGCCGGCGGUUUGGAAUGGAGUUGUUCGGCCGAAUUGCCGAGGGGGGUGAGAUUCGGUACGGUCGAAGUAGGUUGUGAAGGAUGGGAAGGGCCGGAAGAUCCUUACAUCCUCAGAGGUGAGUAAUACCCCAUGCCCGCGUCCUCCGAGACUUGGUAGGAAAGUGACUGACGGGUUUAAAAAAAAAACCCUUCCCUCGAUCACGUGAUCCUUUUCCUUCUUAGGUUCGUGCGGACUCACUUACGAACUCGUGCGUACCUCCCCCGCACUCGAGAAUGGUUAUGGGUACACCAACCCCCUAGCUCAAUACGGUCCCAAAUCACGUAAGCACCAAAAGUCGAUCCCCCUUCUAGGAGUCGGAACCCCUCCCAAGUUGACAGUUCUGCAAUCGUUUCGAUCAUUAGUCUACAACGCUUUCUUCAACACCGCUUUCACUGCCGUCACACUCUACGUCCUCUACCGUAUUUUCAUGAGUUGGUACAAUCGUAGAGCUGCAAUGCGCGGCGGUGGAGCAGGAGCUCGUUCGAACCGAGGUGGUUGGGGAGGUGGGGGUGGGGGUGGAUGGUGGCCCGGAGGAGGAGGUGGAGGAGGUGGAGGUGGGGGAAGUGGUCCACCCCCUCCUUAUUCUGCCAAACCGGACCCGGCAACUACAACUUCCCAAGGAUGGCGACCCGGUUUUUGGUCCGGUAUCGCGGCAGGUGCCCUCGGAGCCGCAGCGAUGAAUCAACGUGGUGGGGCAAGGUCAAGGUUCGACGAACAACGUGAUUUUGAGAGGUAUCGCGAUGGCGGUUGGGAUAGGGGGUUGGGAGGAAGUGGGAGUUGGGGAUUCGGUGGUGGUGGUGGUGGAGGUGGUGGAGGAGGAGGUUUGAGAAGUCGAGAUUCGGGGAGUGAGAUGGGUCCUAUGAGGACUAGUACGGGAUUUGGAGGGACCAGGAAUAGGUAA